GUCAAGAGUGAUCUUCCCCAACCAACCUCUCCAAGCACCGCGGGUUGCUGUUGCUAUCUCCUCAUCAAACAGCCAGCAUCCACCGCGAUUGCUUGAUUGCCUUCAGUGAGCUCCGGAUCUCCGUACCUGGCCUUCUUCUUUGUUUUUUCUGCUCUUCUUUGGGUAGGGAACUAGGAACCAGAGGCUCGGAUCAGACCAGGGGAGGGAGGCCAUGGACGAGGACAGCGCCGCCGCCGCCGCCGGCCACCAUGCGAGCCUUCUCGUCAAGAACGAUGCAUCAUGCUCUGGCGAUGAAUCACAAAGUCUAUUGGAAGCACGGGAGUCACAGCUUAAAACUAAACAAUCCGACUGGAGAGCACCGCCAAUCAUUCUGGGACUUGAAUGCUUGGAAAGCAUGGCAUUCAACGGCAUCGCCACGAAUCUAGUUGUGUAUAUCCGCUCAGUUCUCCAUGGUAGCAUUGCUUCCAGUGCUUCAACUUCUUCCCUUUGGUACGGGACUAGUUUCUUUGUGCCUAUACUUGGAGCAACCAUCGCAGACACCUACUGGGGAAAUUAUAAGACUGUCUUAAUCUCCUUUAUCAUGUAUUUACUUGGUACGAUACUUAUUACAGUUGGAUCUUUGAUGCCCUCUGCUCCUGCCUUGUGCAACACAGAAUCAUGUUCGUCAACAAAUGAGAUUAAACAUCUGGUAUAUUUCUCAGGUCUGUAUCUCACUGCCAUUGGUUGUGGAGGAGUAAGGUCUGCAUUGCUUCCACUUGGUGCAGAUCAAUUCAACAGCGGUAGCAGUUUAGAUAUGCAAAAGAGAAGGAAUUUCUUCAGUUUUUUCUACAUUUGUGUCAUCUUUGGUGUGAUUACUUCUGGUACCAUCGUGGUUUGGAUUCAAGAAAAUGUGAACUGGGCGAUAGGAUAUGGUAUUGCCACUUCAUGCAUAGCUCUUGCUCUGAUAGGCUUCUUGGUGGGAACACCAUUAUUCCGGCGAAAUGAGCCCCAUGGCUCCCCAGUAAAGAGUGUUUGCCAGGUCAUUGUUGCCUCUUUUAGGAACAUAUCCUUGGAGCUUCCUGCUGAUAGCUCUCUUCUCUAUGAGAUCAGGAGCAAGAGUGAACCAAGACUGGCUCACACUGAUGAUUUCAGAUUCUUAGACAAGGCUGCCAUAAUGUCUGAUCUGAACUUGGACCAAGGCAGCUGUACAAGUCCAUGGAAGAUCUGUACUAUAACUCAAGUCGAGGAAUUGAAAAUACUAAUCCGUUUACUUCCAGUAUGGGCAACUGGGAUAUUCUUCUGUGCUGCAAUCUCUCAAAUGCACACCACCUUAAUUCAGCAGGGAACUGUGAUGAACACCACGAUUGGCCCGCUUUCCAUUCCACCAGCUUCCCUGUAUUCGUUCGAAGUUAUAUGUGUGACGCUUUGGGUUUUUAUCAUGAACAAAGCCAUUAUACCAGCAACCAGAACAUGCCUUGCAAAUGGUGCAGAAAUGACACAGCUGCAGAGGAUCGGCGUCGGGCGAUUCCUGAUGAUAUUCGCCAUGGCAAUGGCUGCGUUUCUGGAAACGAAGAGGCUGGAGAGCGUCCGGGAGGAGGGCGAGCCGCUGAGCAUCGCCUGGCAGCUUCCACAAUACUUUGUCAUAGCCGGGGCCGAGUGCUUCACCAUCAUCACCCAGCUGGAGUUCUUCCACAGCCAGGCGCCGGACUCCAUGAAGAGCAUGCUGACAGCAUUUGCAUUGCUCACCACUGCCCUUGGCAACUACCUGAGCUCGGCCAUCAUCACCUUCAUUGCCAGGGUGACCAGGACAUGGCAUGGCCCCGGAUGGAUACCAGAUGAUCUGAAUGAAGGGCACCUUGACUACUACUACUGGUGCCUUGCUGUCAUCUCAUCUGUAAAUUUCAUCGUUUACGUCUAUUUUGCCAGCAAAUACAGGUUAAAGAAGGCUGUCAUCCAAGUCUGAAGCUCUUUGUAAAGCUACCAAUGAAGCAGUGUUUAUGCACGAGUAUAGAUUAUAUAUAGUAUAUUCAAUGCAAAUAACUUCAAUUUAGGUUUUAGAAGGACCAUUCUCUCCAAAAAAAAGUAUCAGGUUGAUCUGAGGAUGCUAUCCGUAUUGGCAAUGUACUUGAUUCCAUUAUGGAAAAAAAAUUCUGUCUCGGUAAUGUUCUACUCCGUAAUUUCAGAAUGAUGUUGUACUGGUGCAUCCGUGCAUGGAAGUGAGUUUGAAAUGGAAAAUAUUGCGUAUUUAUUCUUUUAA